CGCCUUUGCACAAGUCCCUGUCUCGCACGACGCUUUCACGCACAGGAAUGCCUGCACAACCCACCUGCCCGCCGCCGACGAAGGCAUACCUGGCUGAGUGCAAGAAGAAGCUCGACCCUGAGACCAAGCAAGACGACGGGGGGAACCCCAUCGCCGACGGCCUCAAAGGCCUGGCGAACGCGAUCGACAAGUACCUCCUCUCGCUCAACGUCGGAAAGUAUGAGGGCCCCCCGACUGACCCCGACGAGGACGGAUGCGUGUACCGCGAGACCGGCAAGGGCGUGCUGCGCGCCAAGGUCAACCCCUUCGGCGUGAGCGUCGCCCGGGUCACCAUCGGCUGGGUGAAGUCGAAGGAGAAGAAGGUGGGCGAGGAUUGGGUGGUCGUCCCGCCCCCGGUUGGCGAGGGGCUCGUCCAGUAUAGGUCAAGGGGAUUGUUGGCAAUGUCAAGGUUUUUAUCGAGACGGGCCUCAUCAAGAUUGGAGUUGGGCCAGGCAACGGCCUCUUCACGAUCACGCUGCCUCAAGGCCGGCGAGGGGCUCACCACCGUCCGCUCGCUCGGCUUCGUCAACAAGAAGAAGCCGCAGCCGCCGGCCUAG